GUAGACACUUCUGGCCCAUCGAGGAGAUCCAUCGCGCCGUCGACGGGAUGGCCCUGCUGAAACUCAAUGUGCUUCAUCUCCACCUGUCGGACGAUCAAGGAUGGCGCUUCGAGUCCAAAAGAUGGCCAAAAUUGACCGAGAUUGGAGCUUGGAGAGAAGGGACCCUGAUCGGCGCAACCUCCAACUGGGAAGAUAAAUCCUGAAAGUUACCAGGACAAGUUCAACACUGUACGGCAUGGUGGAUUCUACACUCAAGAUGAGCUCAGGAAACUCUGUGCGUACGCAAAAACGAAGGGAAUCACAGUGGUCCCAGAGAUUGACAUGCCGGGUCAUAUGAGAGCUGCUCGAGCCGCAUAUCCUGAACUGGGAUACGAUGGAAAAGUCCUCAAAGUCGGCAGAGCCUGGGGGAUGUAUCCGGAAGUGUUGAGAGUGGACGAUUUGGGAUUGAAAUUCUGCAAGGAUAUUCUGGACGAAUUGUGUGAGGUAUUCGACUCGGAUUACAUCCAUAUUGGCGGAGACGAGUGUCCCGAAGCCGAAUGGUCCGAGUCUCCAACCGCAAGGGAACAGCUGAAGGCAAUCUCCGGAACACACAUGGAUGAACUCCAGAGACAUUUCACCGCCCAAAUUGCAGAGUACCUGCGCUCAAAGGGAAAGAAAAUGAUAGGAUGGGACGAAAUCAUCGAUGGAGGUGUGCCAGGUGGUGAUCCCACCGUCCUUGCGUGGAGGGAUUGGACCAAAGCAGCUCAACGGUCGACUGCAGCUGGUGUCAGGACGAUCCAAGCGCCUACGAUGCUUUAUUUUGGAUCUGCUCAAGGACCUUUCGACAAGGAACCUCUAGCUCAAGGGCCCGGUGCAGAUCUUGAGACUGUAUACGCUUUUGAUCCAUACAAGGAUAUCGAAGAGAAAACAGGCACCUGGUCUUUGGAAUGCAGGCUCAGAUUUGGACCGAAUACAUUCCCACUAUCGAACACCUCUGGUACAUGGUGUUCCCUCGACUUAUCGCUCUAGCCAAUGUCGCUUAUUUAGGAGACGAACGGCCAUCUUACGGGGAAUUCAGAAAGGGACUGCCAAAGAGAUUGGAGGAGCUCAA